UUACUGGUAUCAGAGGUGUCUAGAUUUGCCGAGAUGAAGAUGAGUCGCAUUUGGCGCUAUGAGGAUGCCUCUGGGCAGAAGAGAAAUUUCCCGCCGUCCAUCAAUAGCCUUCUCAACAAAAAGUUUUAUCCAUUCCGAAACGGUACGGUUGGCUUUUCUCUCGAUUCCAUCAAAUACAGCAUCGACUUCUCGAGAAUGGUUGUAGUUCAGGAGGGUUGUGAGCUGUUUGGUAAGAUUGACAACGAGCCUCCUGUCUGGCGGUAUAGCGACAGUGCCAGCGUGACGAGUGCAGCAAGCCCCACGUUCAGUCGAGCGUUUGACGCAGUCACGAGCCAGGAGAUAGACCUCGCGGUCCACUAUGGAGCACCGGGGCUCCUGCAGCUUGGGGAGAGCCAGGUGGUUCCUGUGUCGAAACCCACCUCUUUCAGAAUCAAGGGAUUGCAUGCUAACUCUUGCAGUUCGCUGCAGGAGGGUUGAUUGGCCUCAGAUCGAACUUGCCCUGAGCACACUACUCGAGAACCAAGUGACCAGGCAGAUAUACUCCAUGCCCCCUAAUAUCGCCGAAUCUUUGGAGUGUCUUCUCGUGAACAUAGCCAGACAGUUUUGCAUAAAAACCCGAGUUGUUGUGGACUUAACCAGUCCUGGGACACUCGGUACUCCUCCUGGAGCUCCUA